UGUGACGUCACUCUGGCGGAGCGAGGACAGGCGUUGUUCUCGGCGCAGGAGGCUGAAGCGGGUCGAGAUCAGGAACACUCAGCUACAGGCCGAUAUGAGACAGUGAGAGCACAGCAGAAGCAGAACCGGGAUCAUCUGCGAUCACCAUGACGACACAGCCUUAGUGCUCAGCAUCCGCAUCCUCAGCAUCAUCAUCCGCGGCUCAGGUGCGCCGUCAGUGCGUCAGGCAGGAUGCAGUUCAAAGAGCUGGUGGACACCGCCGAGAAAUGGUGCUCCGGGAACCCGUUCGACCUGAUCUUCGCCGAGGACGUGGACGAGAGGCGGCUGGACUUCUACGCCGAGCCCGGGAUCUCGUUCUACGUGCUCUGCCCGGACAAUCUCACCGGGGGAACCGAGAAUUUUCAUGUGUGGAGUGAGAGCGAGGACUGUCUGCCGUUCCUGCAGCUGGCGCAGGACUAUAUCUCCUCCUGCGGGAAGAAAACACUGCUAGAGGUGCUGGACAAAGUCUUCAGAGCCUUCAGGCCUCUCCUGGGUCUUCCAGAUAUUGAUGAUGAUGCAUUCGAUCAGUAUCACGCAGACGUGGAGGAGGAACCAGAGCCAGACCACCAGCAGAUGGGUGUGAGCCAGCAAUAAUGCCCAGCAGAGAGGCUCUGCGCUGGGCUACAGUCUCUGCAUCGAGCCCUGCUCUCCUAAACUUACCCACCUGGCUCUUCUUCUUAUAGGAUACACACAACACACACACUGCAUCAUUACACCCUUUCAAAUCUGGACAGCUUUUCCUGAACCCUCAUUUUAACUCAAGUGAUCAUUAUUUUGAUCAAUAUUAUUUCUCAUUAACCUCUCAUCACAUUUAAGCAGAGACAAAACAAAUAUCUCAUUCCCAACUUUCAUUGUAUUUUUUUUUAUUAAUUAUCUGGAGGCAAUAGAUUAGAAACUUACGUUCAGAAUGUAAUACCAGUGUACUGCAUACUGCUGCAAUGUCACUUGACCUCAUUAUGUUGCAUGUUUAAUUCAGUGUCACACAGUUGUCAGAAUUACUGUAGGAUGUCGUAGGAUGUAUUUGCAUCCAAAUUUGUGGUAAAAUAAAUGUGUAAAAGUUGCGAUUAGUAUCACGUCCUAUUCAUUCAUCCAAUUGGAAUAGAGGGUAAAUGCUGCAUAUUUUGAUAAAUUCUAACAAUUAGAACAGGAACAUGUGUUGAGAAAAUAAAUGGGGUCAGUUCUUUUGACUUCAUGUAGUGAAUCUUGAUGUCCAUUGUGGAUUUACUGUACCCUUGAAUAAUACAUUAACCCCAGAUCUCGUCUACGUAUUGAAAUGUACUUUAAAUCACUCCGAAAUAUCUGCUAAAUGACAAAUAACCAAAGCUGACUGCAAGUGCAUAUAGAGUAUCUGUGUGUUCAGGAUCAAAUUAAACAAGAUCUAGAGGUGAUGAGGUUAGUGUGUUUUUCUGGUGGGUGAGAUGUUUAAACAAACCCUUGAUCAAUCCUCUCUUUGCCUUGAUUGUCUUUUGAUUGUAUUAAUCAACAUCCUCUGAGUUAAGAAAGGUCUAUAUAUACAAAGGGGACUGCUGUGUUAUGGUCAUGUGACCUGAUGCAGCAGUUUCCAUGACCUGAUUAAAGCAUCAUUUAUCUGCUGUCUUCUUAACAAACAGACUGCACAGACGAGGUCAGCAGAGGCACAUUAUGUUUUGUUCAGGGCAUAGUGUAUGUGAAUUUGCUGACGUUAGAUGUGUGGCUCUGUCUUCUGCUUCCAUAGUGUCUUCCUGCACACACUCCAUGUGUAUACCAACAGUGUGUUACACAGAUCAAAGCUGCUGUUUUCUCUCUUUAUGUAGUUAUGUAACAGUUAAACCCCUGUACCUGAUUGUGAUAUUUAUUUUAUUUUACUGGUUAUUUAUUUGUUCCAUGGUCUAAACUUCUGAACUUUGCCACUUGAUUUUUGCUGGACCAUUCAUAUACGUAGCUUAACCUUUCAAAAAUGUAUUCCUUUUGUUUAUACUGUAUGUAUUAUUAUUUUUUCAUCAGACUGUCUUUAUUGUGUAACAGUUAAAGCUUUAUACUGGAUUUGUGAUUUCUAUUUUAUUUAUUGUUUAUAUUAUUUAUUAAUAUUUAUAUAUAUUGUGUAUUAUUAGUUUACCUGUGUAUGAUUUAUUUAUUUAUUUACGCCUUUGUGUGUGUAAAUCCAUUUGUGGAUGACAUUUUUCUAAUAAAUGUCAUCCACUAAUAAUUUAAUUUCUGAGAAGAUUGUUCAAAUCUUACAAUAUGGUAACUGGAAAUACUGUACUGUUAUUGAUUUUGGAUGAAUAUUGUUCAGUCAUUUAGAUUCAAACCAGAGUAAAAUUUGUUUGGGUCAGCAUGUAAUGUAACCUGAAAUUCAAUAAUUAAAUUUUAACCUUA